AUGUCGCUCGCCGAUCUCCCCGACGAACUCAUCAUCUCAGUACUUCUCCAUCUCCGUGCCGAAGAUCUCUAUCGCUGCAUGCGACUCAGCAAGCGAAUCGCCGGCAUCAUCCAAGGAACCGCGCGCUUGCGAUAUCAUGCCUUGCUCGAUCUAUAUGGGCUCGAGGACAACGAGGAGUGCCGCGCGGACGUCAAUGAGAAAAUAGAGUCCCUUCUUCUCCGCGAGGACGCGUAUCUGAACUUCAGGUAUCGCUUCGAGGAGAGCACAACGUCGGACGGAUACCCAAGCAUCUACGAUCUGUCCUCAGGGAGGUUCGUUAUGGGAAAUGAAAAUGGAUCCAUGAGCGUCAGGUCUGCGAAGCUUCCAACGGAGGCGGGUCAGCGAAUUACCUGGUCAGAGAUCAUUGUAGGGCAGUUCAUCUGCGACUUCGGCACCGCUGUAGAAGAACACGACCUCAUAGCAUUUGUUGUUAGCUCCCCAACACCUAAUGGCCUCUGGCGCGAUAUCGAUGUUGCCCUUUAUAAACUCUCCGGCCAGCCACAUCCUGAAGCGCAGCAUCCGCAAAUACAUCUUCUGCGAGUGGAUGAGACGUGGGGUCUGCCGAGCGUCAGCAUCGAGAUUGUGGGCGACACGUUGGCGGUGAUCACCUACUACGCCUUCGACUUCGAGAACGCAGGCAGUCGUCUGCUACUCUUCUCCUGGAGGACCGGAGUGGCGCUCAAUCCCGGAGGCCAGCCUGCGACAAACCUAGGUCUCUGCUUUUUGACGCCGGAUCUCCUCAUGCAUCCCAGCGAGGAGACGCGGGCUCUCGAAGUCUUCCGCGUGCCCACAGAACCAUCUGGUCCGGACCUCGAGCUCGUCUGCGAGCUUGUCUACCCUGAUUUCCACCCCGACGCGGAAAUUUAUAACACGGUAUGCCGAGGGGACCCAAAUCCAUCUCUCAGCCAUGUUCACCGAUCGGGCGCCGCUGCGCAUCCCUUCCGCACUCGAGUCGAAGAUUCUGUCGUUCUUGUCCUCAUGACGUGGCGCCUUGACCGCGGUGAGGACGAGGAA